AUGAUGGCAACCAGCCAACUGCUGGAACACAUCAUCCUGCUGCUGCUCUUGCUCAGCUUCUUCCUCUCGGUCCAAACCACCGCCGCCGCUGGUUUCGCUGACAAGCUCGAGAGGGGCCAGAACCUCACCGACGGAGAGACGCUCGUCUCGGCCGGCGGCUCCUACACUCUCGGGUUCUUCUCUCCCGGGGUGUCCACCAAGAGGUACCUCGGCAUAUGGUUCUCCGUAUCCAACAACACCGUCUACUGGGUGGCCAACCGCGACCAGCCGCUGGGCGACAGGACCGGGAUUCUGAUCUUCGACGACGUCGACAGACUCGUCCUGCUCGACGGCUCCCGCCGCCGGGCGUGGUCUUCAAACUUCCUGGCCGCCCCCGCCGCGGUGGUGCAGCUUCUCGAGUCCGGCAACCUGGUCGUGCGCAACGGCAGCAGCGACACCUCCCUGUGGCAGUCCUUUGAUCACCCGUCGGACACCUUGCUGCCCGGCAUGAAGUUGGGCAAGAACCUCUGGACCGGAGGUGAUUGGCAGCUCACGGCGUGGCGCUCAGCCGACGACCCGUCUCCGGGGGACUACCGCCGCACGCUGGAAAUGGCAGGGCUGCCGGAGCUCGUCGUGUGGCACCGCGACGUCAAGAAGUACAGCACGGGCCCGUGGAACGGGCUCAACUUCAACGGCGUCCCGGAGAGGUCGUGGUUCGCGGACAAGUAUCCGCUGCGGGUGACAACGAGCCCGUCGGAGAUGACGUUCGGGUACACCGCCGCGCCCGACGCGUUUCUGACCCGAGUCGUUGUGAACCACACCGGCGCGACGGAGCGGCUGGUGUGGGACGUCGGCACCGGGGAGUGGCGCUCCUACUGCAAGGGGCCGAGGGACACCUGCGACACGUACGCAAGAUGCGGGCCGUUCGGCCUCUGCGACGCCGGCGCGGCUUCCUCGGCGUUCUGCGGCUGCGUAGAGGGGUUCAGCCCUGUGCAUGCGACGCCGUCGUCGCAAGAGGUCAAGGAUAGCGCGGGUGGGUGCCGACGGGAUGCGCCGCUGGACUGUGCCGGCGGGAAGACCACGGACGGCUUUAAGGUGGUGCCAGGGGUGAAGCUUCCGGACACGCAGAAUGCGUCGGUGGACAUGGAAGUCGAGCUGGAGGAGUGCAGGGACAGGUGCUUCGCUGACUGCUCGUGCCUGGCCUACGCCGCCGUGGACAUCAGGGGAGGCGGCCAUCGUACCGGCUGCGUCAUUUGGAAAGAUGAUAUAUUUGAUCUUCGUUUCGUCGACGGCGGGCAGAAUCUCUACCUCAGGUUGUCAAAAUCCGAAUUUGAUAACCGUAAAAGGUUUCCUACUCUACUUGUCGCCACACCUGUAGCUUCUGUUGUGGUGAUUGUUCUGGUCGUCUUUUUGAUUUGGUGGAGAAGUAGAAGGCGAAUCAUUGGUGGUAUUCCUCACAAUCCUACCAUGGCGGUUCCUUCAGUUGGCCUAGAUAUUAUUAGGGAUGUCACUCAAAAUUUCUCCAAUGGUAAUAUCAUCGGCCAGGGUGGAUUUAGCGUCGUUUACAAGGGCCUGCUGCCGGAAGGAAGAACAGUUGCUGUCAAGAGGCUUAAACAGUCGGCGCUAACCACAAAAGGCAAUAAAGAUUUCGCAAGGGAAGUGGAAGUGAUGGCUGGGCUCCGGCAUGGAAGUCUUGUUCGCCUCCUAGCUUACUGCAGUGAAAGCAGGGAGCGGAUACUCGUCUACGAAUACAUGCAAAACAAGAGCCUGAACGUCUACAUAUUUGGUGCAACAAACCUUCGUGCUUCACUCAAUUGGGCAAGAAGGCUAGAAUUACUAAAAGGGAUCGCGCAUGGUGUUGCGUACCUACAUGGAGGAUCGGGCGAGAGUGUGAUCCACCGGGACCUCAAGCCGGGAAAUAUUCUUGUGGAUGAUGAGUGGAAUCCCAAAAUCGCUGACUUUGGUACCGCAAAACUGUUUGCCGUCGACCAUGCGGGUCUUGAUCAAACAAUUGUAGUUUCACCGUGA